GUGGACAUAGAGAUCAAUGGGGAGCCGCUGGACAUCCACAUGAAGCUGGGGGACUCCGGCGAGGCCUUCUUCGUGGAGGAGCUGGACGAGCUGAGCCGCGAUGUGCCGCCGCACCUGGCGUGCUCGCCCAUCCCCACCGAGGGCGGCUUCCCCAUCCACUACCACCACGACACGGAGCUGGACCCGCUGGGCACGCUCGGCCCGCUAGCGGCCGCGGCCGCGGCGCAGGGGCUCACCGAGGAGUGGUCCCGCCGCCGGUGCAACUCUGAGGUCGUCAAACGCACUCCCAAGGAGACGCCCACGCAGAAGUUCGCCCAGGACGACAUCGACGAGCACAAGCCCAGCAACGAUCUCCCCUACGAGUGGCCGCACGAGUACGGCCCCGCGACCGAGUUCGCCAGCGACGCCUACCCCGUCAUGCCGCCGCCGCCGGCGCCCGCCUCCUCUGCGACCACGGCCGCGGCGAGCUCCGUGCCCAAAACGUUCAAGGCGGAGACUGUGAGCCCCUCCGAGAGCAGCGAGCGUACGCGCAAGCUGAGCGCCGUCUCCGGGGAGUUCAGGCCCAUCACGUCCGACUCGGACUCGCCGUCCGGCGGGAGCAGGCCGGCGCCGCAGGCGGCGACCGGGCCAGGGGCCGCGGAGGUGGUGACGACGCCAGAGGACGGCCCGGAGGAGGCCUCCAAGGUGCCUGGCAAGCGGCGCCGGAGGAAGAGGAGCGUCAUGAAGAAGAAGGGCGGCCUCCAGCGCAAGAACAGCGAGGCGGGCGAGGCCUCGGACACGAGCGCCUCGGUGGUUUGGGAGUCGGCCUGCAGCGUGCUGUCUGCCGCUGGCAAGCAGGGCGCCGAGGUGGCGGUCUUCACCAUGGACGACGUUGACGGACUCCAGAGAACGUCGCCUUCACCGAGCAGUUCAACAGCUGCUGACACUAUGUCUGCUGACACUCCUUCAUCCCCUUCUGACCUAAGCAAAGCGGCAGCCAGCCUAGCUGCUGAAAUUUCUAGAGACCUAUCGAAAUUGCAAGAUUCGUCUACUGAUUUCCACUUCUUUAGUGACACAGAAAUUCUACCAGGAAACAAUAGCAGGAAGUCUGAGGCUAUUUUAAGCCGCACUACUCGGUCUGCAAGUGAUGGGAUUUUGGCAACCAAGCCUGUGACUAAACCAAUUAAUGUUCCGCUUGUACUUCCUGUGCCCAUACCUUCAUCUCUACUAAAAUUUUUCCCGGACGAGGAAGACUCGCGGCCUUGUUCCCCAGUGCAGUCGGACACCGAGUUUGAGACCCACAAGCGGCCCGGUAGCGCGGGUGGCGGACACUCCGCCGAUCCGUCUUCAGGGGUCACCCAGUCUUGGAGGUGGGGUGAGCUGCCCUCGCCUCCUCCAAAGGCAACGGGAACCGGGGCUGGCUCACCGGAUCGUGCUGACAACCCCAGCUCGUACGACGAGGCGACUAAACAACAGGACAGUGCCGCAGCGCAAAAGUCUAUGCUGAGUGGAAUGUUCAGCUUCAUGAAGAAGACUAAGCGCAUUCGGCACAAUCCCGAGUCUGAGGGAAUAUAUUUGUCGGAGUUGAACGUGGAGGAUUUGGAUCCAGAAGUAGCUGCGUUGUACUUUCCAACGUCUUACCACCGUCAGGGCUGCCCUGCCCCAGGAGAAUGCUCAUCAAUCCAGAGGGAUGAAGAUGCUGAAUCUGGAAACGGACCAUCCCUACCUCAGUCUCCUCACAGUGUAGAAGGUGCCAUUGGGGGACCAAAGUCUGUUGAUAGUGACUUUGAAGAACCAAAACAUUCCUUUUUUGAUAAGAAGCACUUUGGUGACAUAUCUAUUUCUCUGUGUGGAAACCUGAACAAUACUAGUGGUUCCAUUGCAGAAAAGUUCUUACAGCAUCUAGUAACAUUUGAAGACUUUGUAAAUAAUCCCAAAAUUCUGGAAGACCCUAAUCUUGUUGUAAGACAUGAUGGUCAGUAUUACAAUUGGAAAGCUGCAUCCCCUUUGAUGGUAUCACUGUUGGUCUUUCGGCGACCAUUACCUCAAGACGUUCUCAAAACUUUGGCAACUGUGUACAUGCCUGAUAACAAGGCUAAUGUAAACUCUCAAGGAAAACAAAAUGACAAUGUUGCUGGUGGGAGAGGAUAUUCAUCAUGGUUCUAUUGGCGCCGAAAUGAUCCGAAGAAAAUGGCAUCUGAUCCUGGGGUGGGCCUUACUAGCUCUCCCUAUGAAAGUGAUACAGCUAUCAAAGCUGCCUCUGCUAGUACUAUCCUAGAGAUGCCUGAUGACACAUAUCGUGAAGGUGAAAAUUCUGAACGUGAUGGACGUCCUUUGACUCUCAACAUUCCUCCUGUUGGCACUGAUCUGACUAUGUCUCAGGACAGAAACAUUGGUCAGGACCAAGGCUUGCAUGGUCUGCCUAAAGACUCUCUUCGUGAAGAAGGCUACAAUGGAUCCAACUCAUCUGAUUCCGAUGAUGCCCAAAGAAACAAAAGUGGAGUAAAGAUCCCUGUUGAAAGAAGAAGUUACUAUCAAGCUCCAGAAAAAUAUAGAAAGACAUUAAGGUUGUCUUCAGAACAAAUUGCACAACUGAACCUACAGGAAGGCACCAAUGAAGUAGUUUUCAGUGUUACCACUGCUUAUCAAGGAACAACGAGAUGUAAAUGUAACAUCUAUAAGUGGAAAUAUGAUGAUAAGAUAGUGAUUUCUGACAUUGAUGGUACUAUUACCAAGUCAGACGUAUUGGGCCACAUUCUUCCUAUUGUUGGGAAAGAUUGGGCACAAAGUGGUGUAGCUCAGUUGUUCACCAAGAUCCAGAACAAUGGCUACCGACUCUUGUAUCUAUCAGCUCGAGCAAUUGGUCAAGCAAGAGUCACUCGUGAAUACCUACGCUCUAUCAAACAGGAUGACUUAUCACUACCUGAUGGACCUCUCUUGCUCAAUCCCACAAGUCUAAUGAGUGCUCUCCACAGAGAGGUUAUUGAAAGGAAACCAGAGGAAUUUAAAAUAUCCUGUCUAAGAGACAUUCAGGCCCUAUUUCCUAGUCAUUGUAAACCAUUUUAUGCGGGCUAUGGCAACAAAAUUAAUGAUGUUUGGGCAUAUCGUGCAGUUGGUAUUCCCAUUUUCCGAAUCUUCACUAUUAACCAUAGAGGCGAGCUGAAGCACGAGCUCACACAAACCUUCCAGUCAUCUUACCUGAACAUGAGCUGUAUAGUGGACCAGAUGUUCCCUGCUCGAUUGGAAGACACGUCUGAAGACUAUACAAGUUUUAUUUUCUGGCGAGAACCUGUCGAUGAGGUCCAUAUAGAUUUAGGUAUUUCUUCAAUAAGCUCUGUUUCAAAUUCUUUGCCUGCUAAAAGUGGAGCUGUUGCUGAACAAGCCAGCAAAAAGAAGUGAAUUUAAUCAUCUUCACUUUACAUGCUGAAUUGUAACUGUUUUCCAUGUUGUGUUUUGUCAUUUGACUGAAACUGCUUGUAUAAGAUUAGUAUCUGCUCACCAUGCAUUGACAAACUAUUCAAACUAUUUUAAAAUUGAGUAAGUGAGUUUUUCUUCUGGAAGUGUUGUGUAGAGGAAUGUAUUUGGCUGUUCCAGAUAUUUUAUUAUAUGGGAUUCAGACACUUGUUUUUCCUAGCAGUCAUACCUGUAAAACUUUACUAUCUCUAAUUUAUUUCUAAUUAGCCUGAGUAUUUCCCAUGCCAAACUGUAAGAAUUGGAUUUAUGAAGGAUUUACUCUGCUCACUAGUUGAGUUACAUCAGCCUUGGUGUAGAUUUUAGAAUAUUUUAGGUAAUUAUUUUAAAACUAUUUAUGUGGAUGACAAUUUUACUGAAUAUGCUUCAUGUAGCUAAAAGUUCUGGAUAUAGUUUGCUUUCUGACGGAAGCAGAGUAUUAAAGGUUGGAAAUCAAUUUUUGUCUGUGAGUACUGAGUGUUGACUAAAGUGUUAACGUGUACCUUAAAUCAUAUUAAGCGGAUCUGUGAUGAUCGACAGACUGACCGGGAGGGAAUUGUGGGUGUUAUAUUUAUGUGGAUGAUAAUUUUAAGAGCUCUCUUGUAGGUAAUUAGAAAUGAAUAUGUAAUAAAGUUAUCUACAUUAGCAUUUAUAAAAUCUGUGAAUUGUUACCUUAGUGAGAAAAGUAUGUUAUGCCAAUAUAAUCAAUCCUCCCCUUUCCCUUUUCUACAUUAUAAAUAUAAUCAAUGUGAAUUUGUAUGUCAGAUUAGUUCAUGAGGCAUUUUACAAGAAAAGAAAACCAAAAAGUUAGUGGCCAAUUAUUACUUUUUGUUUACUCUGUACCUCGUUAGACUUAAUUUUCAUGUACAAUGUUUAGAGCUAUUUCCAGCUUUUAUAAUUACCAUAUGAAGUGAGUGAUAAUAGGUUAAUGUGUUGUGAUAAUGGG